CUAAAAUAAUGCCCUGAUGCCACAACCGUUUUUUUCAUUCCAAACUGAGUGGUGAAUGUCAUUUUAAAACGAUCCGUUGCGGUGCCCUUCUGUAGGCGUAAUGAUUGCUUGGCAAAAUGAAUUUUUAGACUAACUACAAAAUCGAUCAGCUCUAGUGAAAACCAAUAUUAUGCCAAAUCGGAAAAGAAAGCGUUCGGAUUCUCCAACAUUUUCCAGGCGGUGUUCUGUACAUUGGUUUCGUAAAGGACUUCGUUUACACGACAACCCAUCAUUUUUAGAAGGUUUAAAAGGAGCAGCGGAAUUCAGAUGUGUUUAUAUAUUGGACCCAUGGUUUGCAGGGUCUUAUGACAACACUGGGAUUAACAGAUGGAGGUUUUUGCUUCAGUGUCUCGAAGACCUUGAUUCAAAUCUCAAGAAGCUAAAUUCUCGUUUAUUUGUGAUUCGAGGGCAGCCUUCAGAUGUGUUCCCUAAGAUAUUUAAGGAAUGGAAGGUGAACCGACUCUCGUUUGAAGUCGAUUCUGAGCCAUUUGCUCGCAAGCGAGAUCAAGCCAUCAGAACUAUGGCAACGGAAGCAAACGUGGAAGUAAUCUCAUGUAUUUCUCAUACUUUGUAUGAUCCAUUGGAAAUACUUACGUUGAAUGAUAAUGAACCUCCGUUAACCUACAAACGAUUUCAAACUCUGAUAUCAGGUAUGGAUCCUCCACCACAUCCCUGUCCUGCUCCUACAACUGAGCAAUUGGAAGGUAUUGAACGAGGCAUCGAAUUAGAUCACUAUGAAAAAUACGGAGUACCAACGUUAGAGGAACUAGGUUUUGACACCGAUAAUAUUCCACCAGUAUGCUGGCAGGGUGGAGAAACGGAAGCUAAGAAACGUCUAGAUAGACACUUGGAACGUAAGGCAUGGAUUGCUAACUUUGAAUCACCUAAAAUGACUCCAGUUUCUCUCAUGGCAUCUCAGACAGGACUCACUCCUUACUUACGAUUUGGCUGUUUGUCGUCAAGACUCUUCUACUGGAAGUUAUCUGAGCUAUUUAUGAUGGUUCGGAAAACAAAGACUGUGCCACUGUCCCUGCAGGGGCAGCUCUUGUGGCGAGAGUUUUUCUACACUGUAGCCUGCAACAAUCCAAAUUUUGACUGCAUGAUGGGCAACCAAAUCUGCGUGAAGAUUCCGUGGGACAAGAAUAAGCAAGCGUUAGAUAAGUGGGCUCGCGCCAAAACUGGUUUUCCCUGGAUUGAUGCCAUUAUGACUCAGCUACGACAAGAAGGCUGGAUCCAUUCGAUAGCACGCCAUGCUGUCGGAUGCUUCCUUACUCGGGGUGAUCUAUGGGUUAGCUGGGAGGAAGGCAUGAAGGUAUUUGAAGAGCUAUUGCUUGAUGCUGAUUGGAGUAUCAAUGCCGGAAACUGGAUCUGGUUAUCAUGCAGUUCAUUCUUUCAACAAUUUUUCCAUGUCUACUGCCCAGUUACGUUUGGAAAACGUACAGAUCCCAGUGGAGACUAUGUCAGGAAGUACCUGCCUGUUUUGAAACACUUUCCCACCAAAUACAUCUACGCGCCGUGGGAGGCUCCUACUGAAGUUCAAAUUCAGGCCAAGUGUAUUGUAGGAAAAGACUACCCUUUUCCAAUGGUAGAUCAUGAAGAAGCCAGUCGGCUCAACAUCGAGCGCAUGAAACAAGUUUACAGUCAGCUAUCCCACUACGCUGGACCUAGUCUGCUUGCUGCUAUACCAAGUAGCAAAGACUCAAACGACGGCAAACCACCUAGAAUGGGACUUAAAUCAAUAAUUCAGCAUACAAGUAUGCAUUCACAAAUGACGACGGUUGGAACACAGAGAAGUUCUAAUCAUCUGCACUCAUCUGGUAUGAUCUCUUCUGUACCCAGUCGGACCAGUGAACAUCGUAGACAACAUGGGGCACUGCAAUCAAUAUCCUCCACCAAUGUGCAACCUCAAGAACACAAGAUUGCCUACGCCAAUCCAUCAACAUCUUGCCAUCAGUUGCAGACGUAUGACAAUCCAUCAACAUCUGGCCAUCAGUUGCAGACGAUGCAAAAUGUCACUGACCAAUCGGGAUUGACCAAAUAUACUAGAACAUUUCCACUAGUUUUGGAAUUUAGUUAACCAUUUUCAUCGAUAUUUAUCGAUAAUGUAUUCUACGAAACUUUAACAAAAUAUGACUAAUAUUUAUUUACUGUCUAAAAACUGGAUAGUGGGUUAAAUUUUACCUAAAUUUAUCCAUUUGUUUUCGUUUUCCCAGACAUAAUUAAAUGUAACAGGUAUUUUAAUUCACCGAUUUUAUUUGUAAAUUAAAAACGUAAGUCUAGAAUAACCAAAUAUCCGCAGUGGUCCUUUUCCUAUAACCACUCUUGAAUAUCCCCAAUGAGUAUAUGUAAAUAACCUUUUAAUGUAGGUUAGGCCUACUACCACGCAAAUCUAUGAUGUGUCUUAUUUUCUGUUCACACCCGUUUUAUGUGACAAAUGCUUUCAACUUGCACAUUUGGGUGUGAUAUGUCAUCAUCAUGCCCGUAUAAAAAAGGGUGUGAUAAUGUGUCAACGUUGUACUAUACAGGCUACCUUUUGUGUCAUUUGUGUCCAAUGUGCUUAAUUAAAAUAUUUAUAUAGCACUUUCUCUAAAUUACAAAUUUGUCACAUAAAGCUCUGCAGUAUAGAUAUUGUUAUGUUCGUCAAUGAAAACCAAAUAGCCUAUAGUUGUAUAACGUGAUUCCCCAUAUCUACACAAAUAGCACAUACCAAAAAGGUUCAUCUUCGCAAGAACUUAAAAUAUAAACGAUUCAGGAAGUUUGUCAUGUUUAGCUUACUUAAUUUCUCAAAAAUGUACCAGAAAUCUAUCAUGUGUCUUAUCUCUGUGGCCAUUCUAAUGUUUCUAAUUGGAAAUCAAAUAUAGUCGUAUGUUGUAGUACAGCCGACGUACAAUCUUGUGUUGUACGUGAUUCCCUAUCUCAACACAGACAACAUAGAACAACUUAAAGAUAAUAUUCAUACAUUUUGUAUAAAUAUAUUUGCUAAAUUUCUUCAUAGAUGUAACAGAAAUCUAUUUUUACACUGCAGUAAAUAUUCUCCUACUCUACAUAUAUUUAUUCUAUUAUCUCAACAGUUAAUCGUUAAAAGGCUAAUAGAAUAAAAGAUAAAGAUAUAGGCCUAUUGCGUGUCCCGAGCCUUUCUGAUUAGCCAGUAAAAUCAUAAUGGAAAAAAUAUUGUUCAAAUGCAUAAAUAUUAUUAUUUUAAUUAGUUUAAUCAAUAUUUAUGAACUGAAUUACUAAUCAAUUAAGAAUUUGUUGUAGUACAAGGUGAUCUGUGUCUUACGAAAACGAUAACGAAUACGAAUACGUCAUUAUCAUUAUCGUCAUUCGUGCUUACAACAUUCUUGACAUAUGCUGUAGGAGCUGAAUACGAUGCUUGAUUCAUGUAAAAGUCUUCUAUUUCAUUUCAGUAACAUAAAAAUCCCAUACAAUCUCCAUUUCUCAAUCUCAAUAUCGAGGAUUCCUAAACGAAAUGUGGUUAAUAGUUCUUUGUUUAAAAUUUUUAAUUUGAAGUAAAUAAUUUUCUAUAUGAAUUCUUUGUUUAAACUUUAUAAAACAACGUAACUUUGAAUAAGAUCUAGUGUCUUCAAUGAACUUCUGUUGUUGUAUGUCCUGUAAACAUAAUCUUAAAUCAUUAAUAAAUUAAACUAAUUGAGAAUAAUGAUUUUUAACGUGUAUUGCCCAACAUUCUUCGUCUCUUUCUUAAUUGAAAUAAAUAGCAUUGGUAUGCGAUUCUAUGUAUAAAUGUAAUAGUCUAAACCAGUAUUUUAUAAUAUUAUUUACUUGUAUUAUUAUUAUGUUUCUUAUUAUUAUUUUUUUUAUUAGUA